GCCAAAAGAAGGCGGAAAUAGAGUGAUAUACAGUAUGACGGAAACGGAGGUAGGAGCGGAAAAGGAGCGGCGGCGACGGCGGAGCCGGAAGCGUAAGAGAGGGCGGCAGCACCGCAGUGACGAUACCGUAGAUGCUUCCCUUCCUAAACAGACUGCCAGUGUCACUAAAGAGGCCUGUCGCGGUUCCACAGAGAACAAGAAUAAAUCAAUUUCCAAGUCCAAUCCCGCCGCCUCUGACUUCCUGACCAAGGUUUUCCCCCCUCCUGAAAACCUAUGUUAAGAUAUAUCACAGACUCGCAGAAAACGAAAUCAAACCGCUCACAAAGUUUUGGUAUUGUUACAGAUGAGAGCGCGAUUAUCGGGAGGCCAUUUUCGCAUGAUAAACGAAAAGCUUUACACUUGCAGUGGAGAGGAGGCACUGAACUAUUUCAAGGAUGACCCUGCACUGUUCGAUGUGUACCAUACAGGAUACCAAGAACAGAUGUCACAUUGGCCCCAACAACCAGUUAACAUUAUCACAAAAUGGUUAAAGGAUCGCAGUCCUUGUUUAGUUGUGGCUGAUUUUGGCUGUGGGGAUGCACGGCUUUCAAAAAGUGUGGCUAAUAAAGUCUUUUCUCUUGAUCUCAUUUCAAGUGAUCCAUCAGUAAUUGCUUGCGACAUGGCAAAUACCCCCCUUGCUUCUUCAUCAGUUGAUGUUGCCAUUUUCUGUCUAUCGCUGAUGGGAGUUAACUACUCAAGUUACAUAAAAGAAGCACUCCGAGUCCUGAAGCCUAGGGGAUGGCUUUUGAUUGCGGAAGUGAAAAGCAGGUUUGAUCCAAACAAUGGAGGAGCAGAUCCAAACAAGUUUGUGAGAGCGAUAUGCCAACUAGGGUUCACCAGUGUGUCAAAGGACUUCUCCAACAAAAUGUUCAUACUGCUAUUCUUCAAUAAAAAGGGGAAGGAAAAGCAAAGUGUGGACGAAAUAGAAUGGCCUGAACUAAAGCCGUGUCUCUAUAAACGGCGAUGAUAUUGAUGCAAUUUGCCUGUUCUUUUAAUAUUAUAUUUUAUAACAAUGCAAAUUACUUAUUAGAUUGAACUUGAGGUAGUUUUCGGUGUAUUUGUUUAAACUGCAUCUUUUCCCUUCUUGUGGCAGCUGUUAUGUGUAGUAUUAAUGUGUUACAGUACUAGGAGUGUAUUUUUUUGUUAAGGCUCUCUAUUGAGUAAAAAUAUGCCAAUAUUGGAAGCGAAAUUAAAAGCCUACUGGGCGGUAACUGG